CCGGAGGACAAAUCCCCCCGGCAGAGCCUGGUGGGAGAGGCCGUUUUGAAGGGCUCCACGGCGCAGGAAGGCAGCGGGGAGGAAAAGGCCCAGAGAUCCCCCCGCAGGAGGGGCUCCAAAGCCAGCCCAGGGUGCUCUGAGGAGGAAAGACCCAGCCUGUGCCGGGAAGGUGACCGGAGCUUGAGGGGGAGCUCUGAGCUGGUGGUCCCUGAGCAGCCUCCCAGCAGGGAAAAACCCUACAAGUGCUUGGAAUGUGGGAAGAGCUUCAGGAAGAGCACCAACCUCCUCACCCACCAGCACAUCCACACUGGGGAACGGCCCUACAUGUGUGGGGAAUGUGGGAAGAGCUUCAGGAAGAGAGACCACCUGAUCCGACACCAGCACACCCACACUGGGGAAUGGCGCUACAAGUGUGUGGAAUGUGGGAAGAGCUUCAGGGACAGCACCGACCUGAUCAGACACCAGCACACCCACACUGGGGAGCGACCCUACAUGUGUAGGGAAUGCGGGAAGAGCUUCAAGAUCAACUCCCACCUCCAUGCCCACCAGCUCAUCCACACAGGGGAACGGCCCUACAAAUGCUUGGAAUGUGGGAAGAGGUUUCAGACCAGCUCAGAUGUCCUCAGGCAUGAGCGGACACACACAGAUGAGAGGCCCUUCCGCUGCACCGACUGCGGGAAGAGCUUCAACCGCAACUCCACCCUCAUCAGGCACCGGCGCAGCCACAGCGGGGAGAGGCCCCACAAGUGUGGGGAGUGUGGGAAGAGCUUCACCAGGAGCUUUACCUUGACUUCACACCAACGGACCCACCAGUAAGG